AUGUAUAAAAGGGGGUAUAGCAAUUUUGUACCUGCAGAGUACACAACCGAAAUAAAACAUAGAAGAAGUCUGAUAGAUGGUGAAACUGCUAGAAAACUUUAUUUGGAAGAAGUAUCUCGCAUUUCAACCCCUCAAAUACAUAUAGAACACACGACUGAAACGCAGCCCUCGUGUAAACGGAAAAGAAAACUAGAUGACGAAGAAGUAUCUAAUCAAAAGUUGUUUGCUUGUGCGGAAAACAAUGAUGUAAAUACAAUACGACAUAUAUUGGAGAUUUGUCCAGAUAAGAUAAACACGAUCGACAGUUAUGGAUGGAGUUUGCUGAUGAUAGCCUGUCAAGCUAACUCUAUUGAUGUUGUUAAAGAACUGCUCAAACAUGGAGUUGAUUGUUCAAUUAGAGAUAAAGCUGGGAAUUCAGCACAGAGUUUAGUUAUUAAGAAUAAAAAUGUAUAUCUAGCUGAUAUACUUUUAAACCAUAGAAAAGAUAUCAAUGAAAGUAUAAAUGUAAAUAUAAAAUCUAAUGAAAACUAUCAUAAACCAAAAAGCAAAUACACUUGUACAAUCUGUGAUAACAAAACUUUUGAUAGUAAAGAUGAGCAUCUGUCAUCGACAAUACACAAUAUAAACGCUAGUAAAGGAAUUAAAGUACCCACAAAAUAUGCUAUCCCCGAAACAAAUAAAGGAUUCCAGUUAAUGCUGAAAGGUGGUUGGGAUAAAGAAUCGGGAUUGGGACGAGAUGGCUCGGGAACUAAAUAUCCCAUCAGAUCAGUAUUAAAGAAUGACAAAAUUGGUCUCGGACAUAAGAAAAACAAGAAAGUAAAAGAACAAUCGGAACUGAAAAGCUUUAGAAAGAAAAUGUUAGAAAACGACAAAGAAAGAAAUAGAAGAUUAGAAGUUACAUUUAGAAGAGAAUUUUAUUAG